AUGGUUUUGAUACUGUCAACAGUUGAGGAUUUUAUUCUAAAGCAUUGCCAUGAUUGGGCAUUCCUGGAGCAUCACAUUUCACACCCGAUUUCCUUGAGAAUCACCAGCAUCGGAAUUAUCAUUCUGACCCUAAUCACCACGUAUCAUAUUGUGGAGUAUGUUGCUAUAAAGCUGGGGUUCUGGACGGAUGGACUGUCGAUCCACGAUAUCCCGGAACACUGCGCUCAUGUGUAUGUGAAAGUGUCAGUGUCGUACCAAAAUGAGAUCAACCAAGUUGAUUACAAGUUGGAGUUCUCGCCGGAGGAGUACAGCAAAGAUCAACCAGAGUUUGGCACGGACCUACGCUUCCUGAAGCGGAAAGUGUACUUCCUGGUUAAGGACUCCAAGAUAUACAAAGAGCUGAACGAGCCGUUCUUCAGGAUUGACGACGUGACGCUUUACUACAACGGCGAACAGCUCACAGAGCAUUCCAAGCCGCUGAUCCAACUAGGUGUUCGUACAGGGGACACGGUCGCAGCAACUGUUGAGAUUAGUUGA